GGGUAAGAAGGAGAAGAGCAGAGCGUGAAAUCUAUCGUGAAAUCUUUUAUUUAAACAGGCGGGGGGGGGGGGGGCACAUAAAGCAAAGCAUUGGGGGAAAAAACACAAACCAACGAAAUGAUGAACGAAGCAAAGUGCCGACUACACCGAGCAUCUUCUUGUUCCCUCUGAGCGUAAAACAAGAAGACAGCGAGCCAGCGACAGCAACACACACGGGAGAGAGAGCGAGGAGGAAGAGAUCAAGAGAAGAGAUCACAAGAACGAAGGCAGACACAGCGGAAGAAGAGGAGGAGGUACAGGAAGAAUCGAGGCGUCCGCAGAACUGGAAGGGGAUGCGAACCGUCGCGGCCUAGGUUCGCGGAGGGCGUGGGGAUGGCGAUCGGAGAGCGAGACACUUGGAGGCGGAUGCUGCCGCUGCUGAUGAUGCUGUUGCUGGAUUGCGUGCAGGUGUGUGCCCCCCUGCGUCUGCAGCCCCCCCCAGGGCGGCCCGCCAGCGGGGACGUGGGCUGGCAGGUGUUCAGCUCGGUGCAGGACGCGGAGGGCCGUUGCAUCUGCACCGUGGUCGCGCCGCAGCCGCACAUGUGCACGCGGGACGCACGCGCGCGACAGAUACGGCAGCUGCUCGAGCGGGUGCAGAACAUGUCGCAGUCGAUGGAGGCGCUGAGUGCGCGCACGCAGAGCGACAUGGUGUACGUGCGGCGAGUCGAGGCGCAGAUGCGCGCCUUCGAGUCGCGCUUCAGCCAGGUGCAGGCGGACCGGCACGCCCUACUGCACACCCAGGAUACCAAGGGAGAAUGACCGCGUGGUAGAGGAACGAAGAGGAAUACAGAACACUUGGGUGGGGUGGGGGAGAGCGUGGGAGAGACACGGGGAGAGAGAGCCGGAGAGAAAGAUUGAGGACAAUCGACAUCGAGGAACAAUCACAGAGACUCUCCAUUCUCUCCAUCACCCUUCUACGCUCGCCAAUGAAUGAACGUGGGUCCGUGUGCCAAGAUUUAAAUAGGGGGGCUGCCCCCCCCACCCCGCUCCCGCCGUGUGCAAAGAAUGAAA